AAUCAAUUUCUUUCCUUCUCUCUCAACGACGUAUAUAAACAAACAAACAUACACUUCGCAAUUGAAGUGCUCCCAUUCUCUUCAUUUGGCCAAAAAUCUCCAUCUGGGUUCUGAUAAAAAAAAUAACAAAAGAAGAUAAAAAACCCAAGGAAACAAAAACUGCUACUGAGAAUUGGAGCAAUGGGGGACGAGAGCAAGGUGCCAUUGUUGGAAAAAGUUUACUUUGAGAACUGCCCAGGUUGCAGGAUCGAUAAGAAAAAGGAUGAGAGCUCUGGGUUACCUUACAAAGAGUUCUUCUUUGUGUGGAUCACCACUCUGGCUACUGGUUUACCGAUAUCGUCAUUAUUUCCCUUUUUGUACUUCAUGAUAAGGGACUUGCAGAUCGCCAAAAGAGUGGAAGAUAUUGGGUUUUACGCAGGUUUUGUCGGUGCUGCAUUCAUGUUUGGGAGAGCUUUGACUUCUGUAUUUUGGGGAAUAUUGGCAGAUAGAUGGGGAAGGAAACCUGUGAUAAUAAUUGGCCUCAUUUCAUUGAUUAUAUUUAACACCCUCUUUGGAUUAAGUGUAAAUUAUUGGAUGGCAAUUGCUACCAGAUUCCUUCUUGGAGCUAUGAACGGUUUACUUGGGCCAAUAAAGGUAUUGACUAUUUCUUUUGCAAUGAUGAAAUUGUUCCAGUCCCUGUUAAGUUUUCUUCAUAAAUUCGCUUCUUUUCAGGCAUAUGCUUCAGAAGUUUGUCGACCAGAGCAUCAAUCUAUCGGACUAUCACUGGUCAGUACCGCAUGGGGCAUAGGUCUCAUUAUUGGUCCAGCUCUUGGAGGUUUCUUUGCACAGCCUGCAGAGAAAUUUCCAGGUAUCAUUUCUGAAGAAUCAUUUCUUGGGAGGUUUCCUUACUUCUUGCCGUGUUUCUGUAUAUCACUCUUUGCCGUUGGAGUACUUAUUGCCUGUUAUUGGCUUCCAGAAACAUUGCACAAUCAUCCUGAAAGCAAAACAACAGAUGAGACAAUCGAACCUCUGGAGGCAUCUUAUAAUGGUUCUGAUAUGAGAGAAAAGGAUGUGGAAGAUGAAGGAAGGGCUCAGUCUAAUAAGGAAAAUCUUCUUACAAAUUGGCCACUAAUGUCAUCUAUCAUUGUGUAUUGUGUUUUCUCCCUUCAUGAUAUGGCCUAUUCCGAGAUAUUCUCUCUAUGGGCUGAGAGCGACAGAAAAUUUGGAGGGUUAAGUUUUUCAUCGGAGGAUGUUGGCGAGGUUCUUGCGAUAUCAGGUUUCAGUCUUCUAGUAUUUCAACUGUUUCUUUAUCCGCCAGCAGAGAGACUCCUCGGGCCCAUAAAUUUAUCUCGUGUUUCAGCGGCCAUAUCUAUACCACUGCUUGCCAGUCAUCCCUUUAUGACUAAUCUAUCAGGACUCGUGCUUUCAGUAGCAGUAAAUUGUGCAUCCUUGUUGAAGAAUGUUCUUUCGAUGAUUAUUAUUACGGGAACAUUCAUUUUGCAAAAUAAUGCUGUGGCUCAACACCAAAGAGGAGCUGCAAAUGGCAUUUCAAUGACUGCAAUGUCUUUCUUCAAAGCUAUUGCUCCCGCAGCUGCAGGUGUAAUAUUUUCAUGGGCACAAAAGCGCCAAGAUGCUUCCUUCUUACCAGGUGAUCAAAUGGUUUUCUUCAUAUUGAUCCUGGUAGAGUUCAUCGGCCUCAUGAUGACCUUCAAACCCUUUCUAGCAGUCAAAAACUGAAAUGUAAAUUUUAGUACAUAAUACCCGAUAGAGAUCUGAAGAUGAAGAGUUUCGCUCAAUUAUUUCACCAAGAGUUCGAGGAACUAUUCGGCCUCGAUAUGUUGUAUACAUCAGUGGCAUGUCAAUUGUUUGCUUCAAUUUGUUUCUUUUUAACAACUGCCAAUUGAGCUUUUCAAUUUUGUCAUAAUUGGCGGUUGUUAGAAUCUAAAGUAUAGCAAUUGAGCUUUUCAAUUUUUUCAUAAUUGGUGGUUGUUAGAAUCUAAAGAAUAGUUUCUGUUCAUAGAUGAAUAGUAAUCUGAUACUGCGUAAUUAAUGAUCAUGCUGUUUUUCUUCUUUU